AGAGCAGACUUAACGCCUGUCCUUAUGCUGAUGAGAACAUUUACCGAACAUAACCUCCACUUGUAGCUCGAGCGAAAGGUAUUUAGCGAUUGUUUAGCGAAUUGCGGCGAAUAUAAUAAGAGGCUAAAUCGAGCGAGAGCGUGAAAUGUUUCAAAUUGUACGCUAAUCAUGACGGACAGUACUUUGACAAGCGAGCAAGCGAAGUUUAUAGAGGAAUGCGAGGAGGAGUUCAAGGACCGUUAUACGGAGAACGACAGCGAUUUCAUGAAGAUCAAGACGCAGGAGCCGAAAAGGCCGCCAAUCGUCGAUCCUUGGUACAACAAGCCACGCAGGCACGACUGGUCACGUCAGAAUCAAAAUCAAAACCACGAUAAACGUAAUCAUCACUGGGAUCGUCGUAACAAUGACAGAAACGAGAAGCUGGAGCGGCACGCUGGCAGACACUUCAUGCAUCAUCGGCAAAGAAUGUAUUAAUUAUACAGCGACACAAGCAGGGAGGACUCUAAUGACUGAGCGUGUGGAAACUUUUGUUUAACAUCAUUGUCCCCCUUAUUGUUUCAUUAAUAGGUGAUAUUUAUAAGAUAUUUACACGUAUAACACGUUUGUUUACAUAUUUUUAUCGUAAGGACUGUCUAAACGAAUCUAAAGUAUUCAUUUCUAGAUAUAAAAUAUUUGUUUAUAUACAUAUUUUCUUAUUAAUAGAUAAUGUAUGACGUAGCGUAAAGCAUUGAUACUUAAUAAUAUAAAUAAGCAUCAAUGCAAGGAAUAAUAAUUUUAUAUUCAAACGUUCUCGGCAUUAUAUCAGUGGAGUCGGUUAUAAUUUACUUCAUUUGCACACCGAAAUUAUGAAAUCACAGGAGCAUACUUUCCAUAACAAAGAUACAACGUUUUCUUUUUUGUACAAGGUCGCACAAAAUGAAUGGAAGAAUUUCCAAUUGUGCAAGACUUGAUCUUGCUGUACAAUAGAGAAGACAAUAUUUUAUUUAUGUACGUAGCAUAUUCUCUCUAAUUAUAAUGAGCUGAAGGAUGUUGAAAUAUAGGAUUCGUGGCUUACGCCAUCAAUAAAUGGACGGUUAUACUUAAUUCAAAUAUUCGAAAUAAAAAUAUGAAUAAUAUACAAUUUAA